UCCAAACAUCUUUUGAGAUAUUUGAAGCAUCCUAAUUCUUAGGUAACCAUAAAGCCAACGGCAAUUCAAAAUCUUUCGAUACGUAAAUGGAAGCUCAAGAGCCACACUUUCAUUCAUCUUAUUCUUCUUCCUCUGUUUCUAUUCUGAUUUCAUAUUCUUUCGGAGCAUCUACAAACCUCAACGAAACAUGCCUUCGAACUUGUCUUCUCUAAAGAUAUUUGAAUGGCUAGACAUGGCUUGGUCAAGAACCUCGUGGUGGGCGACCUCUCUUUUUUCGACUCCUCUCCCUUCGCAAAGCUCUUGGACUCGUGCGUCAAAUCGAGGUCGGCGGGUGACGUGCGCCGCAUCCACGCCCGUAUCAUCAAAACCCAGUUUUCUUCUGAAAUUUUUAUCCAGAAUAGGCUUAUUGAUUCUUAUGGAAAAUGCGGUUGUUUGGAAGAUGCGCGCAACUUGUUUGAUCGAAUGCUUGACAAGAACACUUUCAGUUGGAAUUCAAUUAUAAAUGCGUUAACUAGAUCGGGUUACCUUGAUGAGGCUUCGGAGGUCUUCUGGUCCAUGCCUGAUCCGGACCAGUGCUCGUGGAACUCAAUGGUAUCAGGUUUUGCACAACAUGAUCGUUUUACAGAGGCUUUAGAGUAUUUUGUUAUGACGCAUAGGGAGAAUUUUGUACUUAGCGGAUACUCGUUUGGCAGUGCUCUUAGUGCUUGUUCAGGCGUGACGGAUUUGAAAAUGGGUAUUCAAAUUCAUGCUUUGGUUUCGAAGUCCCAGUACUCGUCCAAUGUUUACGUGGGUUCUGCUCUUAUCGACAUGUAUUCUAAGUGUGGGAGCAUGGCUUGUGCUCACAGGGUUUUUGAUGGGAUGGGUCAACGGAACAUAGUUUCUUGGAAUAGCUUGAUCACAUGCUAUGAGCAAAAUGGUCCGGCUAGUGAGGCUUUGGAAGUUUUUGCGAGGAUGAUGGCUUGUGGAUUUGUACCAGAUGAGGUCACUCUAGCUAGUGUGGUCAGUGCUUGUGCGAGUUUGUUAGCAAUUAGAGAGGGUUUACAGAUUCAUGCCCGCGUUGUGAAAUGCUUUGAGGAUGACCUCAUUUUGGGAAAUGCACUGGUUGAUAUGUAUGCAAAAUGUAGUAAAAUUAAUGAUGCUAGAGGGGUUUUUGAUAGGAUGCCUAUUAGGAGUGUGGUGUCUGAAACCUCCAUGGUAAGUGGGUAUGCAAGGGCAUCAAGUGUGAAAGUUGCAAGGUUAAUGUUUGCAAAAAUGAUGGAGCGGAAUAUAGUGUCUUGGAAUUCACUUAUUGCAGGGUAUACACAGAGUGGGGAGAAUGAAGAGGCUCUCAGACUCUUCCUCCUUCUAAAGAGGGAAUCCAUUUGGCCGACCCAUUACACCUUUGGAAAUCUACUCAAUGCUUGUGCGAAUCUUGCUGAACUGCAAUUGGGGAGACAGGCUCACUGUCAUGUUUUGAAGCAUGGAUUUCUCUUUAAAUCUGAAGAGGAGAGUGAUAUUUUUGUAGGAAACUCUCUCAUCGACAUGUACAUGAAAUGUGGAUCAAUUGAAGAUGCCAGCCGGGUAUUCAAAAAUAUGGUGGAAAGGGAUUAUGUCUCUUGGAAUGCUAUGAUAGUGGGAUAUGCACAAAAUGGUUAUGGAGCUGAAGCUCUUCAACUUUUCCAGAAAAUGCUGGCAUCUGGAGAGAAACCAGACCAUGUCACAAUGAUUGGUGUUUUGUGUGCUUGCAGUCAUGCAGGGCUGGUUGAAGAGGGACGCCAUUAUUUCCACUCAAUGACAACGGAACAUAGUUUGACACCACUGAAGGACCAUUAUACAUGUAUGGUUGAUAUACUUGGCCGAGCUGGAUGCCUCGAUGAAGCAAAGAGCUUAAUAGACACAAUGCCGAUGCAGCCUGAUGGUGUUGUCUGGGGAUCUUUGCUUGCUGCUUGUAAGGUCCACAAGAACAUAAUGUUAGGGAAAUUUGUUGCAGAUAAGCUUUUAGAGAUUGAGCCUUGGAACUCUGGACCCUAUGUUCUUCUCUCAAACAUGUACGCUGAACUUGGAAAAUGGAGGGAUGUUAGGAAGGUAAGGAAGCUGAUGAGGCGAGAGGGAGUUAUCAAGCAGCCAGGUUGCAGUUGGAUUAAACUCAAGAGUGAUUUGCAUGUUUUCAUGGCUAAAGAUAAAAAGCAUCCUCAGAGAAAGGAGAUCUAUUCACUUCUGAAGAUGCUCAUGGGACAGAUGAAGAGAGCUGGUUAUGUGCCCAAUGCUGGUGAUCAUGAGGCCUAUGAUGGGCACAGUGAAUCUGAAUUAAUCUUAGGUUACGAAACGGAUAUGCCAGCAGAUGCUGCUGUUGGUUGAAUUCAAAUGCUUUCUUCUCUUCAACCAACAUCUGAUAGAUCUGUUCCUCAAUUUUGCAGAACAAAAAAGGUUAGUAACAGUUAUCAGUAGUUCUCAUAAUUGUUACACUUACGUGUCUUACCAUUAUACAACAAACCAAAAUCCUCCCUUGCUAUUCAGGACUAUCCUGAUCUUCCUUGAGGUUUUCGAAAAUGUCACACUUCCCCUCGAGUUUCAAUCUUGACCUUGAUUUUUUUGUUGUCAAGGCAGUCUUAAUGUAACCAUGUCAUUCUUCCACCAUAAGUGAUGGCUAUUAAUAAAACUUUUUUUUUUGGCCGAUAAACAAAAUUUUAUUGAGCAUGAAAUAGAUGAAGGCCCGAGUAUGCUCUUUUUAUUA